AUGGAGCCAGGACUAGUUGCGGGGAAAAGUUUUUAUGAUAUUGAAUUCCCGAAAGGUCACAUUGGAGUCAAGAGUUUUGAUGCUGAACUAAUUGAUGAAGAUGGGAACUCUGUACCUUUCAUGCGCGGCGGCUCUAAGGUUCGUCCCAAGAAUUAUGAUGGUUUCAUUUUCAAGAGGAAUCAAGGCAUGUGCCACGACUUUAUUCUUCCACUUUACUGGGGCUUAGGAGUUGAAUCACGAGGAACAACCUCAAACCUUCCAGACCCUUUUGCAGUAGAACUACAUAACCCUGCAGAAAUUCCAGAUGGGUAUGAAGAGAGGUGGUUAUUAGACAUAUUGGCCAUUGAUACACGUGGUACACAAGAUAGGAAAGGUUGUACUGAUUGCAGAUGUGACCUUAUGAAUCUCCCUAAGGACUUUUAUAAUGUCACAAAAGGCAUUUAUGGUGAGCCACUGACCCCCGAUUAUAAAGGAGGACUCCUAUGUUGCAAAGACAACUUAAAAUGCAAAUUAAGAGAGGGUUUUGAAGGCCCAAAGAGAAAGCUUGCCCUAAGAUACAAAAUAAGGUGGGUUGACUGGGACGAAAAACAAAUUCCUGUUAAUUUUUAUGUACUUGAUUCGACCGAUAAAAUCAAAUCCAAUGGUUCAACUUCAUUCCAUGAGUGUCAGGUAGAAUUUACUAUUCCGGCAAAUGGUAGCAAGGACUUUCCUCAUGUCCAGAAAACAAAAAUUCCAAUGCAAAAAGGUGGUUAUCUCAUUUAUGGAACGGCUCAUUUGCAUUCAGGUGGUAUUAAUGCAACUCUAUAUGGAGAGGACGGAAGAACUCUAUGUACCUCAAUAGCAAAAUAUGGAACGGGAAAUGAAGCCGGAAAUGAGAAAGGUUAUGCUGUUGGAAGGUCUGUUUGUUAUCCAAAACCAGGUUCUAUCAGGAUUAAGGAUGGUGAAAUUUUGACACUAGAAGCCAGAUACGAAAACGGCUUUCUAACUGGAGCUAUGGGACAUAUGUAUAUCUAUUUGGCAGAACGACUACCACACGAUACAUUGACAUCCUAA